AUGUGCCCUACUCCCAUCUGGAUUUGGCUCUUUGAGCAAAAGGAGCAGAGCCUCCAGCAGCUCCACAGAGAGCUCCGCUACAUGGAACCUGGUUACAUCACAAACCAGGCCACAAAUAUCGAUAUCCACCCGAUGAAUUUCUGGACUGGGGACACCGACCCUUCCCUCAUCGAAUUCUUCGCACCCGACACCGACACCGACUUCAAAAUAGCUAACUCUGCACUCGACCCCGAGGACCCCGUGGAUGACCCGUUCACCUGGGUCCGGGCGAUGAAGGACAAGCAAGACUUCACCCCCCACGAGAUGCACCAUCAACUGUACAAGGCAUUUUCGAAGUACCUCCGCAAGUCCCCGGGAGGCAAUAAGACCCCCAUUUUCUGGGACCCGGUCUCCAUGGAAGAAGACGAUGGUCUCUUCAACAGCAACGACCAGCACGGCUUCACCAUUCAAAGGGGAGCCACGAGUGCCGACGGAAAGGCCGCACAUCAACUCGUCGUCAUGGAAAGCGAAGAAUGCUACCACGACGUUCUCCCGUCAGUUGGCGAGCUCAUCGUGCUUGUUCGAUGGAUGCUGAGUGGAUUCAAAAACCACAAGCACCAAUUCGGCAGGUACCACCGACAUGAGCGGCCCCAACUUGACUUCCCGUUCGAGUAUUGCAUGGGUAUUUCCGACGAAGGCCGACUCAAAGUCGCCUAUACUCAAGCACUCAACUUCGAUGCAGAGGACUACGCCGACAAAAUGGAUGGACUUCUCCAGUGGGCAUGGCCCCUACCUGAUGGGGAUACCACCAAACCGAUCCCCCUUCCAACAAUCGAGGACGAUGAGGAAGACGAGUGGGAUGAGUGGGAGAAGUGGGAGCUACGAUACAGGGAGGACAGCGAAGACGAAGGCCUGGAGACCGAAUCGGACGGAGAGGGCGACAGCACUGAGGUACAAAAAGACCUCAGUGACUACGAGUCGGAAUUCAGCGAGGAGGAUGAGAGCGAUUGGGAAGACGAAGAUCCCGUCGAGGACCAGGAGGGAUGGAUGAAGGAGGAGGACAUGAUGUCUGCGGACAUCAAAAGGAAAAUCAUCGAGAGGCUGGAGGAGAAGAUGAGGUGUUUGGGGGAGGUGCGAGAGUUGACCUGA